UCCUACUUAUAGACUGUUAUGGGAAGUCAGGAUAUGACCUUUCUUCAAGACCAGAGAUCUCAAGAAGAAAUGGCUGGAGCAGUUUGAGAUGGCCCUGUCCAACAUGUGUCCAGAGAACUGUACUGCCAACAGUCAUGACUUCCAGAUGCACUGCUUUGAAGAUACCACCUCCUGCAAGGCCUGCAGUAUGCUCCUCAGGGGGAUAUUCUUCCAGGGGUAUCGUUGUAGUCGUUGCAGAAUGGCCGCUCAUAAAGAAUGUCUGGGAAGAGUACCAGGCUGCGGACGCAACUCAGACCACUCAGGGAACGUGAAGAAGGUAAGGCUCCUUUCAGAGGCUCUUUAUCUGGCAGUGUGGCACUAUACUACUGAGUAAUGACUGUGUGAGCUAGGCACACUUUACGGCAGCCAACCUGUCUAGAUAUUCACUAUACUACUGAGUAAUGACUGUGUGAGCUAGGCACACUUUACGGCAGCCAACCUGUCUAGAUAUUCACUAUACUACUGAGUAAUGACUGUGUGAGAUAGGCACACUUUACGGCAGCCAACCUGUCUAGAUAUUCACUAUACUACUGAGUAAUGACUGUGUGAGAUAGGCACACUUUACGGCAGGAACUUGACUGUGUGAGCUA